AUGGAGCAGAGCGACAACAACGAGGUCCUCGGCAUACUGCAGGUGAUCCUGAAGUGCACCGACCUGCCCAUCCAGGAGGUGAGCUCCAUCCCGCUGGAGUUCUGGCACCGGCUGGCCCACGAGGUGCUGAGGCGUCCAGAGCAGGAUGCGAAGAUCGAUCAGUUCCAGGGCAUCUACGUGGAGCUGCUCAACAUCGCCAUCCGCAGGUGUGCCGUGCCGACGACGGAGGACCCCUUCCAGGCCGACGACGACUUCAUCGCCUACCGGCGCAGCCUGCUGAGCCUCGUGGAGGACUGCCUGGACAUCCUGACGCCGAACAGCGGCUUAGAACACACUCUGAAGAGCCUGCAGGAACACCAGGCCAAGGGUAUCGUGAUGCAGGAGGCGCACUUCUACAUCCUGACCACGGUCGGCCCCAAAGCCGAGGUCAGGGAUGGCAGCGUGUUGUGGCAGCUGAUCCAGAGCCUGCCCCCGCUGAUACAGCAGACGGGGGUUGGUCCCUGCUGGCGCCUGCAAGACGAGCGGGGCUCCGUCCCGAUGUUCUGGUCCGUGUCGGUCAAGACCCGGCCCGACUUCCUGCGCUCCUCCCUCGAGAUGAUCUCGACGCUGCUGAUGACGUCGGCGCCCACGGGCGCCACGCCGCAGGUGCUGGAGCGGGUGAAGCAGGUCCAGCAGGCCGCCUCCAUCGCCUUCAAGGACAUCUGCGUCAACGGCAAGCAGCACCUGCAGGACCUGGUGCCGCAGCUGACCCAGCUCUACCUGCAGACCAUGGCGAUGCCCAGCCGGAUGCACCUCUUCAUCGUGGACGGCGUCGGCGCCGUGGUGACCAGCCUGCGAGAGGACGCGACGUUCGGGGCUGCGUUAGAGCAGGUGGUGAAGCCCCUUGUUGACGGCAUGACGAGCGAGCGGGCGCAGAAGGCGCCUGGCUACGAGCAGCGCGUGCGCGCGCUGCUGCAGCGCAUCGAGGCCAAGGGGGCCAGGCAAAGCGUGACCCACGCGCCCCAGCCUUACUCUCUGAUAUUCGUGUGGCCGCCCGUCUUCUUCGGACGGAGCCGAGCUGCGCCGCUGCCGCGCGGCGGCGGCAGCGGGCCGAGCCUCGGGAGCCCGACGCCCAGCGCGGCCCGGAACGGCCAGUGCGCCGCCCAGGUCAUCACGGAGGUUGCAGCUUGA